CCACUCACCUCCGCAGCUGCAGCUCAUUGAUUAAAAAGCUGUGAAAUCGGAAUAAUGGCGUCUGUUCGUCUCAAGUGAAGACGCAAAACUCAAAGUGCAGCAGAAAUGUCAACGAGCGGAGUGGAAACGGCAGCUCGGAGCCCGCUGCUCUCCUCCAGCUUCUGUUUCAGCCCGUGGUCGUGUGUCUGUGCGAAGGGCUGGUCGGCGGCCAUGUUGAACGGCCUCCCUGACCCGGUGCUGGCCGCCGCCUCCUCCGCCCCCGAGCCAUGGCUCCUCCCCGGCUGCAGCUCCGUCUACGACAGCCUGGUCAGUAACGUGUCUCCGACGCCGUCUCCUCCUGCUGCCGGGGGACCACGAGGACGAGAGCGAGCAUCCAGCAGCAAACCCCGCAGGUCGUCCAUCUUGGAGCGCUGCAUCCUGAAGGUGUCCACCAGCAGCGUUGCCGUGGGGACGGACGACGUGGACAAGAGGACCCCCCUUGGCCGUUGUUACCCCCGCCUGCCGGACCCGGCCAACACGGAGACCAACGCCGCGGUCCUGAAGCGGCGGCAGAAACAGAUCCAGUACGGGAAGAACACCAGCGGCUACCAGAGCUACCUGCAGCAGGUCCCCAAACACCUGAGGGACCUGAAGCUCCACCCGUCCACCCCCAACAAGUACAGGAAGUACAGCCGGCGCUCGUGGGACAUGCAGGUGCGUCUCUGGAGACGAGCUCUGCACCUGUGGGACCCUCCAAUCAGCAGCCAGGACGACACGGUCGACCCCGUGGAGCAGCUGCAGAGCCAGCUGGCCAAGAUGACCUCUGACCUCUGUGAGGACAGAGGAGUCGACCAGAGAGAGAAGGAGACGCUCGUGGCCUCUAAAGCCUCCUCUGGGUGUCCUCCAUCGGCCGCCAUGUCUCUGGAGCUUCCUGGAGCCUGGACACCGCCAGAGACGAGCCGCCGGCCUGUUCGCUCUCCUCCCGGCUUCAGCUACUCCCUCCAAGGUCGGCUAACACCUGACGACAACAUGGCCGACUGGCUCCGCCUCCUGCUCGAGGCCGACGACGCCCACGACUUCGGCUCAGACGAUCAGCAGGUUCCUGUGUUUUCCGAUCAGCUGCUGUGGAAUCCGUACUGACCGUGGGAGCAGGAUGAUCGGGUCCUUGAUCCCCGUCUCUGAUCUACGUCAGGUUUUCCCAGCGGCUCCUCUGAGUUUUUGAUUGACGGCCGAACUCUGACCUGAACGUUUUAUUUUGCACUUGGUUAAUUUUUGUUGAACUACAUCAUCACUGCGUCGUGUUCUGCACAAAAAAGGAAAAGCUGCUAAUUUAUUCUGUUUCUGGAAUCACUGGUUCUUUGUGUUUGUCCGUGUGGUGUCACCUUUGUCUCUUAUAUCCACGUCCCCGUCGAGCUCGGCUGUCUUCGUCUCCGUCCGGGUUGAGCAACUGUUUUUUCUCAAAAACAAAACGAAAAAAGAAAACCUGGCUAGUCAGGAUAAGGCUGUCGCUUUGUGUUGCUGUGACUUUAUUUUCUUUUAUUUUUCAAUUUGUUGUUUUUGUGCUUCUUGAUUAUUGAGAGCAAAGCUGAAGGAUGUGAUUAAUAAAGAUGUAAAUAAAGUGUUAUAAACUCA